AUGGACACAGACACAGGCAUGCACCAAAACCAACACAACAACCAACAGUUCAAAACACUGCACCACAACCAACAGUUCAAAACACUGCACCACAACCAACAGUUCAAAACACUGCACAGCAACAACCACAAACAGAGCAAGGACAUAAAAGAAGUAGAGAACAAGGAAACCAAGAAUUCUUAA